AUGGGUGGAGGUGGAAAGAUCCCGUACCCCAAGGAAGUCUGGUCCCCCUCUGGCGGUUGGUACGCCCAGCCAGCUAACUGGAGGGCCAACACUGCGAUCAUGGGUGCCUUUGUGAUUGGUGUCGCUGCUGUGGCCUUCAGUAUCAGCGCUGAUCGCGAACAUCGCGACAAGAUGCCCGAGCCCGGCCGUUUCUUCCCCAGCCGAUAG